CUGCUACCGUAGAGAAUUGCAAAACCAGCAAAACAGAAAGCAUAUUUAAGUGUUUCUCAUUUUGAUGGUCUUCAAAUGUAGGCCUGAGAUGAGAUAUGUCCAGCCCAGCUACUCCUUGGAUCGAUAGAACGUAACGUUGACACUCCAAGCUAAAACUAGUGGCCAUUGGGCUCUAGGAAUAUGUGGCACAUCCCUCAAGACAGAAGUUCCUGGAUUGUGAAUGUCAAAUAGUAUUCACUGUCUGUGCUCAACGCUACACCAUGUUUACGAAGAAAGUCCACGCCGAUGUAAAGAAGUCGACUCUCAAGGUCCAAGACUUGAAGAAAGAUUCAACCACUCGUUUAAAGCACCUGAAAAUUGUGCUAGAAAACCUUGAUGUAGAGGAGUCUCGUCAAUUUUUUGAAGCAAACUUUAGUCACAUAUAUUGCAUUGUGUAUGACAGCUUCAUUGCGGCUGAAACCAAUCUUCGACAGAGAGAGCUGACAUUCCACUUGGUUCACAAGGCUCAUCGAGAGGAAUUAGAAUGUGUACUUCAAGUAUUAGAAAAAGCUUUAAUAUAUCUACCAGAACUGCUUGGGAGACGAUGGCAGUGUCACUCAUUGACUCGAAUCAUGACAAAACUUCUGCAUCCAGGCAAUUCAUGGAAGUUAAGGCGGGAUGCAAUGAGAUACUUUUUACUUUGGUACCAGGCUUUAGGAGAUAUGGCUCCCAAUGCAAUCCAUGCUAUGUUUGCAACUCUUGUACCAGGAUUUCCCUCCCCUUUCCCCGGACUUGGUUUAGAUGUGUUGAAUAAAAGUGCUACACAAGUGUCAUCAAGUCAUGACAACCAAGGCCGAGUGGGUCCUGUUGAAAUUUUGCCUGUUUUCCCUCCACAAAGUGGUGAGAAGCAGCCCGAAAAUUUGCCUUGUUUCUUCUUGGAUGCUCUUUUGGAAUUUCUUGUAACACAGUUUGGACGUAUUGAGUGGAGAGACAAAAUUUGUCGCCAACAUAAGAGCUUUAUGUUUCUGUUUGAACGAUUCAAGCAAUAUUAUUUACCUCAUAUUUUCCCUGAGUUCUCAUCAACCACAAGCCUUUACAAACCCAACCUUGAACUGCCAACUUUGCGGAAAGCUUCAGGAAGCCCUGAUGAUAGACGGCGGUUUGACCCAAUGGCAAGCUGUCAAGUUGCAUUUAUUAAAUGGAUUGCUAACUAUACACAUGCUACAAAAAAGGGGGAAAUAGGUUUUGCAACCUCUAUCCCCGCCAACAGGUGUGUACCCGUAUCAUCGCAUUCCCAAGCUCUUUCUCAGCUGCACUCCCAAGCCCCGACUCAACCUUUGCACCUGAGCUUGCAACCACACUCCUCGCAUUUGUCUGCUGCUCAAAUUUCUCAAGCAAGUUUGCACCUCGCUACUCAUCCUAGUGCGCAGGGAUAUUGCUUGGCUACUAAUGAUGAAACAGAACGAUCUCCUGGCACUGAGCUUAGGAGGGUCAGUGUGAGUCAGGCAGGCAUAUCAACCAGUGACGCUGUAUCUCCUGAUUCAAAUCAAUCAGUUUCAUUUUCUCAAUCUGACUCCACUCUCAGUGAGGAUCCGAAUCAAAGUGCAAUAUGUCUUGUGAGGGAAGUUCUGUAUUCCAGUAGGGACAAUGUGAACCUUAUUCAUGAAGUAUAUCGUCAAGCAUUUCUGCUUGAUAUGUCUCAAGCUGCUGCAGUUCGCAGAACAAUUGCUGUGUAUAAGGAUUGGAUCCAAAUGAAGGUGGACUUGCCUCCUUUUAUGCUUGAACCUUUGGAUGGGCACAAACAAGAGGACCACAAUCGAACAAAAAAUGGAAAUCCUUCAGAAAUCUUGGCAAAUGAUAUUGGGGAAACACAUCGCCAAACAAGACUACGCAAUGAUUCUUAUCUAGGUGCAAUUCAUAGAGAGAAUUUACUAGUUCGUGCUGGACUGCAGAACCUUCUCCAAGUGUUUAUUACACAUGCUGCUCAUGUCUUUACUUUAGAAGUUACCUCAGACUUUCCUGUUCUUCUAGAAGAACAAGUGGAAGCAUGCAAAAGAGUUCUGAAUAUUUAUCGCUACAUGGUUAUGCAUACAAGAAUGGAAGCUCGCACAUGGGAGCAGCUUCUUGUAGUACUUCUUCAAGUUACUUCCUUGAUUUUAAGUCGAACGCCUCCUAAAAGGAAAGAAGAAACACUCGGAGGAAAGCUUGCUCCUGCAAUUUUUCAGACUCUGAUAGUCACUUGGAUCAAAGCAAAUUUGAAUGUUGUUAUUUCCACCAGACUGUGGGACCAAUUUUUAACUGUUCUUUCAUCCUUGACCCAGUGGGAAGAAUUAAUCAAAGAGUGGGCGAAAACAUUGGAGACUCUUACCAGAGUUCUAGCCAGACAUGUGUACAAUCUGGAUUUAAAUGACCUACCUUUAGACAGACUGACCGAGCAGAAAGCCAAACGACGCCGCGGGGGAGCGGGUGGAAAUCUUGACAAUGGCAUCAUGGGCUCAUAUUCUGUGGACAAUUCUGCUCGAGGUAGUAACAGUGUGUCAAAUGUUGAUUCUGGGAGAGGAAAUGGAGCGUUGGCACCCAGAAGAGCACGAGACAGACCUGGUACUAAUGCAAAGCCUGCUCAAAUGCAUAGCCAUCAGGAGGAGAAUGACAAUGGUCCAAGCAGUUUUGCCAACUCAGAUACAAGCACUGUGAUGUUUCCUCUGACAAGUAGGCAAGGAAGCCACCGUAAAAGAACAUACAGUUCAGGAGAAUCUGCACUUGUUCGAAGCUCAAGUGAAACCAAUGUUAAUUUAUUGAAAGCUGGACAUCAUCAUCAUCGUCCGAGGACACCUCGGCCUGAAUCACAUUCCCACACUGUUGUCAUUCCAGUUUUGCCUCCAUCUGUUGAAGUGGAAGUGGCGCGCAUUUUGGCUUGUGCAGAUGGUAGACCAUGUCCUCCCGCUCGCUUGCGUAAACGAAGGUCUCGAUCUAUGGACUCUCUUAGGGGAACUCGUGGAGGCUCUCCUCUGCACUUGUAUGAGUCAGAAUGUGCCACCCGGUCUCCAUCUCCUGCACCCUCAAGUGGCCUUGAAAGCACUUCCUUCAAGGAUUCUCCCAUGCAGAUCGAUAUGAUUAGUGCUGAUGGUGCUUGUAUAGAUGUAGAUGAUGGCGAGGGCAGGGUGGAACAGCGAAGUGUGAUGGCUGGUGGAGCAGAGCGUGGCUGGCUUCCCGACGUAGCUGUGGUGCUCUGGCGACGCAUGCUGGGUGCGCUGGGAGACGUCAACAGGCUUGCGGAUCCAGCGCUGCAUGCACAAGUCUUUGACUAUUUGGUGGAUCUCAAUGAAACAAUGGUCAAAAUCCGACUUAACCAAGGAGUUUCCCCUGACAAUCUGAACACACCUCCCCUGCCAGACCUGGUGCCACCUAUCACGAUUAUUGCUCCUUGGUGCUUUCAGGCUUUGAAGUUACCUGAAAGCUACCAGAAAGGAAAGUUGAGUGCCUGCAGGCUUUUGUGUAGUAUGACGAUAACUCCUCAUGACAUUCCAUUAGGCCGAGAUCACAUAACACAAUUUUAUAGUGUUUUGCAUCAUGGUCUCAUUGGCACAGACCAGUUCAUUAUGAAUUCUUUGGUCAAAUUUUGCGGACCACGAUUUUUUUCUCUGCAACUUCCUGGGUUCUCUUUGCUUCUGUUGGAUUUUAUUCAUGCUGCCAACACCAUUGUCUCAACAUCAGACUUACGUCAAACACCAAGAACAGAGGCUAUGUCGAUUUUGGGAGCAUUACUGUGUUUGACAAACAAUCUCUCAUCAUUCCCAGUUUUGCAACCAAAUGCAGUGGACUACUCCAUAAUGUCCUGUGUGGAUGCCAAGGACCAUAUUGUUAACAUAUUGCUGAAAUGUGGCAAAAGAGAGCCAGCUGGUCUGGCGCGGUGCAUAGCACUUUCCUCUCUUGGUAUCUAUCUGUAUCAGGAGCUCAGCAAUCCACCCAAUGCUAAAGGCCAACGCUUCUUCCAUCCAAAAAUGCCUGAAGCCAUAAAUGUAUUGCUUUUGGCCUUACGGAGGUGUGCUUAUCGAAACCUUUCACCACAGUGUGCAUCAACGAGUAAGUUCAAUCACAGAACAGUUGGUCAAGUUGCUUCUGAUAUUCUCCUUCUCCUGGUCGACCAUGUUACGAUACUGCUUGACUACUUCCCUGAUGUUCCAUGUCAUAUUGUUGAGGUUAUUGCAUCGACUUUGGCUCAGCUGACACCUCAAGAAGGAAUUCAAAUGUCUGAGAGAGAUAAACGACUUUUGACAUCCUUGCUUUUCUGUCUGGGUGAAUGGGUUAUGGCAUUACCCAAAGAGGUUCUUCUGUCAGUGCGGCCUUCCAAAUCACCCUCCAAAGAAGAUCAAACCAGUCUUCUGCACAAAAUUUUCAAGGUACUUAUCAAAAUCAGUGGAGGCUCAUCUGGUGGUGGCAUCAACACAAUUGAGUCCUAUUUCAAGCCAGACUUGUUGCAUGAGUUCGACCCAAGCAUUACUCUUGACAAUCUUAAAGAGGGCACCAGUGGUGGUGGUGUGGGAGGCCGUCGCAGCUCUGCCAUGCCUCCAGAAACAUAUGCUCACAGGCAGCCCUGUGGAGUAACUGUCAAACUAGCAGCUAAAAUGGUUCUCAUGCAUAUGUUGAAUCACGUUGGCCAUUUUCCCAUGGCAAUUGGAGCGGCUCGUCUGUCCUCCAUGGUGGUGGAGCAUGAUGAUGUGCCAGGACUUUCUCCUGAUGAAUUAAGUGUCCAAAUAUUCUCUGCACCGAACAUACAGCUCUUGGUACUGAGCUCCCAGAGGCUCCUUUCUCUUGUUGAAUUACCCACUCUGGCAGUUCCUGGUGGUGGGGUAACUGCAGGAUUGACAACAGCUCAGUCUCAAGUUAGAUUAUUGCUCAGGGACCUGAGUGGGAAAUCUUGUUGGGAUGCUUCUAUUCUCUACUGCAGCCCAGAAGAUAGUUCAGAUUCAUCCCUCAAAUGUUGGGCCCCAACAUCAGCUGGAUCUGGUCAAACUGUAUUUGCUCCAUCGUCGGGCACAGUUCUUCCUCGUAGACCUCUGUCAGUGCCAGUGCAGGCCAAGAUGGAUGAGUCCCUGCUGGCCUCAUGUCUUGUUAGCCACACUCCACCUCAACACACUCUACGCCACCGACCACCUCAUAUCCUCCCAACAUCUCAAAACACCGCAGCAGACAUGGACAACCUGGAUGAUCUACUGCAAUACAUUGGACACACUAGCCCUGAAUGCCUGGAAUCAUUAGAUACGCCACGCAAUCUUCCAUCUGCUCCACCACCUCCUCUGUUUGCUGAACUUGAACAGGAGGUCAUAACCUGUGUACUCAAUCAGAGAUUCAAUGAACAGGAAUACCUUCAGAAGCAUAAUUCUCACAUUACCAUGCUGGGCGAAUGGGCACAGCGCCCCCCACACAGUCCCCCAGCAUCACCUUUCCAACAUUGCCGCCUAUUAUUCUCCCAACUGGGAUUUGCUGGCUGGGAGCGUCGAUCUCAACUGAAUCUGCUGUCAAAGAAUGAAAAGUUACUCAGAGAACUCCGCAAUCUUGAUUCUCAGAGAUGCCGGGAAACCCACAAAAUUGCUGUCAUAUAUGUAGCAGAGGGCCAGGAAGAUAAAAAUUCAGUCCUCUCUAAUACGUGUGGUAGCCAAGCGUAUGAAGAAUUUAUUGCUGGUCUGGCUUGGGAGGUUGAAUUAGAAUCUCACACUGGGUUCUUGGGAGGUUUACAACGCAACAAAAGCACAGGUGACACUGCUCCAUACUACGCUACGUCAUUCCUUGAAGUUAUAUUUCAUGUGGCAACUCGCAUGCCCUCUUCCAGUCAGGAAUCUUUGUUACAAAAGACCCGUCAUCUGGGAAAUGAUGAAGUUCACAUUGUCUGGUCAGAGCAUACCAGAGACUACCGACGUGGCAUCAUUCCAACCGAAUUCUGUGAUGUUUUAAUUGUGAUUUAUCCAUUGCCCAACAAGCUCUUCAGAGUGCAAGUUACACGAAAACCAGAGGUACCUUACUUUGGUCCUCUUUUCAAUGAAGCCAUUGUUGACCAACGAGUUCUCCCUGGAUUAGUCAGAGCGACUGCCAUCAGUGCGUCUCGUGCCAUGCGCAGCCUCUUACCAUUUUAUCAACAACAUUAUGAAGAUAGAGCCAAAUCUUUGGACACCAUUGUAAAAAAUCAUAAGGAUGCAACAACGUAUGAAGAGUUCACAGGCCAUGUAUUUUCUCCUGCUCCUAGCUCAUCCACUUUCUACUCUGGCCCAAACCGUACUUCAGGUGUUCCACAUAACUAUCCAGAAAGAGACAGCAGUUUCACUCAUAGUUCUCAGCUUGCAGCAGCUUUACUCGAUUCACAUAGACAUCCAUCUCCUCGCUCGUCUAAUGCAGGACUUCAUGACGUGCCUCUUCGAGGCGGAUCUGAGGUUGAUGCCCUACAUGGUAUAUCUCCCCGUCCAUUGAAGAAACUACCUCUGAAAUUGAACUCUCGAGCUGCUAAGGGACUUGGAUCAUCCUCUUUGACUCCUCCAGACAGUCCUACUAGUCGCAAAUCUAAGUAAUAGCUUACUUUUGAAGCUACGCAAAGCAUUUAUUUUUACUGUUAAAUAUCUCUUAUUUCCAAUCCUCUUGUGAUCUUUACCAAUUUAUGGCUAAUAAGUUAAGAAAUUGUGUCAUAUAUUCAGGGCACAAGUGCAAUGCUUUACUUGGUCAUUGUCUUCUUUUUAACUGGGCUAGUUUUACUUUCCAAAUUAUUUUUUUUUGUGUAGCCUCUUUUUCUUUUUGUAAGUUUCUUUUAAGCCAUCUUUUUGCAAGUAUGUGAUUCAUGGCGGCACUGAUGUACGAACUUGUUCCUCUGUUAGGAACUGUAAGGACUUAAAUUGCUUAACUGUUUUGUCACUUUGUUAUUAUUAUGUUAUUGUUGAUUUCUUUAGUCAAACUAAGCGUUUUAAUUUGCUUAUAUUAGUAUAAGUGUAUGAUCAAAAUGGUCUGAUCAGUAUUACCUACUUUUUUGGAACUGACUCUGUGACCACUACCAGCCACACAUGUGUAAAAUACUGAUUAAUUUAUAUCAGAUUGGUCCAAAUGGACGUCCUAUUCUUUACUUUUAAUCAAAGCAGUGAUCAAAAAUCAAAUAACCAUAUCAGUGGUUUGGGCAUUUAAUGGACUUGUUUUUAUCAUUGUAUUUGAUAUUGUGAGAAGGUGUCAUUUCAUCAUUUCUUUUUCUUUCAUGCCUUUAUGUAGUUUGAGUAGUGAGGAAAAAAAAAGAAAAAAAUGUAGGAAAGACUACUUAUAUCCAUGUCUGAAAACCUCUCUGAUUGACUCAGAGUGUUAAAGUGAGCAAUUUAUAGGAGUACAUACUCUGACCACUUAAUUAGGAACAUGUAGUUUUGUCUUUUCCAUUAACUUUCCUCAACUUCAUUGCUUAAAUGUUAGUCUGAUGAUACAAUGUGGUGCUGUCAAUGACAACAGAGCUUUUUGUGUCUUCCAUCUUGUUUGAUUAUUAUAAAUAACAUGGGCUCUCAUUCAAUAGUCAGUAAUCGUCCAUGUCCUUUAAAAAUAGUAAGAUGUCAUCAGGUACCGUCUGUGGGGAAUUUGUGAUCUGUCUUGGAGGAUUUGUGAUAUUACAGGUGUUAGAGCCGAUCAUUGCUAAGAGAUUGUUGUGAGCCAUAUUUUUUCAUAAAUUCAUUAGGUUUCUGAGUUUUUUUUGUCCCAAUUAUGCAUCUCUAGCAUUACCGUACACUCCAAGUAUUUUUGUUAAUUAAGUACCAAGUAGAACUUCCUGUGUGGGAAAGUAUCACAUUUAAGAGGUGGGGAUAUCAUGGCUGAAAGGUGGAAGAUCUUUAGGCUUUACUAUUUAAUCAAUACUAUGUUAGCAUGCACUCUUUGCACAAUUUAUGUCUCAAGAGAGAAAAUGUUUGUGUCCUCACCUUCUAUGACCUUUAUUACUUUAUUCAUCAGUGAGGACUAUAUUUUUAUUUUGAUUGACAAAAAUAAUAUAUUUCUAGGAAUGUGAUCAUGUUGUUGUAUUGUAAUUUAUUAUUAAAUGUUAUAUUUCUGAUGUUCUACUUUAUAUUUUCUACAAUCCAAAUCCAGUGAUAAAAUUGUAUAGAGAGAAGGUAUUUAUUAUGCAGUAUUUUUGUAUAUAUUUGAAGCGGCUGAUUUUACUGUUGAAAAUCGUACUAAUUUAUUAAUAUCUGACCGUGUGUAUAUUUCUGUAAAGGUUUCCUAUUACUGUUUCAGGAUUAUUUUAUUCCCUAUUAAACCAUAAACACCUA